GAUACUAUAGUUUUGAUAAACAAUGACAAACAUGGGUGUUGUCUAGUACGAAUUCACAUACACAGAACACUCGUAUCAAGACCUUUCAAGUUCCUUUAAACACACGUGGAUGGUAAAACAAUUAUAUGAAAAUCCAUGUUGCUAAUCACAAGUUCUACAUUGUACUAUGAAUGCCAUUGUGAAGGCGGCUAAAGAGCAGGUUAUGUGCCCUGCUUGUAGGGAGCGGAUCAAAGAGCCGAAGACCUUAUCAUGCCUCCAUUCCUUCUGUAAGAAAUGCAUUGCGGAUCACAUCGUGAAGACGACAAAGAACCAAUCCGAUCCAGUGGGUUUCGGCUGUCCCGUUUGCCGGAAGGAGACUUUAAUGCCACCUGGUGGUUCACAGUCCCCUUCAGCAUGGGUAGAUACUCUGCAAACAAAUACAGCAAUAGCCAAUAUUUUACAAGCGUUUGAAUCGGAGUCUUUGCCAAAAACUUGUACAUAUCAUCCGGAUAAGGAAAUAGAAUAUUAUUGUGAAGAUCACUUUCUUUCGAUCUGCUCGUUGUGUGCAACUAUAACCCACAAGAAGUGUGAAGACGUGACUCCAAUAGAGGAAGCGGCCAAACGGCGGCGUGCAGACAGCGGAAAACUAAUCAGUUUCCUCAUGGAACAAGCUUCACUAGUUGAAAAAAUUCUGACUGACAGAAAAAGCCAGUUAGAAUAUCUCGAUCAAGCGGAGUCGGACAUCAGAUCCCACCUAUCGAGUCUGCGAAAGAGAGUUAUCGAAAUCAUGGAUACCUUUGAAAAUAAGGUCGUCGGUGAAUUGGCACAGAAGAAGAAUAAAGAGGCGGAGUACGUAAAACUUGAAGUACAUACAUGCGAACAAAUAGUGAAAGAUACUCAAAACUCUUUGGAGGCUUUCCAGGACGCCAUUCAAAAGGAACCCCCGGCAGAUUUUGUCAUGUCGUACUUGAAAAACGCCGAGAUGUUCCAACAAAGGCAAAUAACGAUAGGUGGUUUCUGCCAAAAUCUCAAGAAUGUGAAAAUUACUUUCAUCGCUAACAAAACUGCAGAUCAGGCUCUAAGACAGGUAAAAUCUCUUGGAAAUUUGUCUGUCGAAAGGACACCAAACAGACAUGCUUUGCCUUACACGAAAUCAUACACAGAGAAUAGACAAAACUUCUUACAAACGCCAAGGUCUAUCUCGUCAUUACGCCGAGGUACCACCCCAUUCCGUCCAGUGUCUGGAGCAUCCACAAUCAACGAUGAAACCCAAUCACUUCCGAACAGCAAAUCACGACCGAUCUCAAUCCGACCCCGCCCAUAUUCCACUCUUCCAGACUCGUCAAGAUUAGAGCCGAUACGACAAAAGCGGGAACUAGAAGGAUUCUCCCAACCACCCAGACACGAGACUUUUCCAAAGAAAGAAAGCAAAGCAACAAAGAACACGAGAGAUCUGACCCAGUCCAGACCAUCUGCAACAAGUAUUUCAAAGGAUGGAAAAAUAAUACAAGCAAAACUAAAGGCCACGUUUGAUGCGUCAUCUCCAGAUCAGAAUGAAUGCUCAAUUGAAGGUGCCACCGUUUUAACGUCAGGUCACGUGGUUCUUGCUGACUCUUAUCACAGCUCAUUAAAGCUGUUCGAUCCAAAAUACAAUUACGUUGGAUGUAUCAAGUUCUCUACGUCCCCAGGUGACGUCACCGCAAUCGCAGAUGACGAAGUGAUUGUCUGUCUACCCGAUACUAUGCAACUGAAGCACGAAAAGCUUCAGAGUAAUAAACUAGUUCCUGGGGAAUCUCUUGCUGUCGGUGACAGGUGCACGUCUGCAAGUUACAACAACGGAAUUCUGGCGACCUGUUCUGGUAGCACAGUGCAUGUUUUCAAGAGAGAAAAUUCGCGCUGGAUAAGGAUUCUUUCGCAGAAGUUGGAUGUCGAUAACCUCAUGUAUAUUGCUGUUGAUAAAGAAGGGGAAAGAAUUGUGGUGACAAAAAACGGUUAUCCAAAUCGACCAGUACUCUGCUUAAACAAAAAUGGACAGAAAAUAUGGAGUUUUACACACGAGGAACUCCGGUUGCCAAGAGGUGUUGCUUUCUACAAAGAUCAGAUUUUAAUAGUGUCGUGGGACCAACAACGCAUUCUGCAACUUAACAAAGAUGGUCAAUUAGUAGGUGCAAUCGUCCGUGACGGUCUGCAGUGGCCUUGGAAAUUGUGUAUUAGCCCCAUGAAUGACAAAAUGUUUGUUACGCAGUGCUACUAUAGGCUCACUUUGAAAGAAAAAAAUUCAAUUAAAGUUUUCUUAUUGAAAUGACAUAUCAAGAACUCGCGAGGUUCCCAUUUUUGAAUAGUUUUUGUUUGUAGUGAAUUCGGUGGCUGGUGUGAACAAAUUUUGUGUUACUUAAGAUGUCAAGAUAAGAAAUAAACUUUUCAAUAUUAUGUAAUGUACAUCUUCAUGUGUGAAAUACGAUAUAAAUACCCAGAGCUCGUCUGAUAGA